CCCCCACUCCUUCCACCCCGACCCUACCUACGUCGUAUCAUAAACAAACUCCCACACCUGCUCGGUUUCCUCUGAACUCCUUGGCUGUCACACCUUUCUCUGGAGACGUUGGACCUACAACACGAGGAGAAACAUGCGGGCGGCAGUGUUGUUCGUCUUCUUCCUGGCACUGGCGGCGUUGGCACUGUCUUCACCUCUCCCGAAAGAACAUGAAGUCAUCGACGGCAGAAAAACCACCAUCGCCCUGGCUAUCGCGCACCAGCUGAUAGGCCUCAUCCCCAACGAAACCGUACAGGAACUCUUGAACACCAUCCUCGCCGCCCUGAACCAAGAGGAGUUCGACUACUGGGGUCAGGUCAAGGACGAGGUCAUGGGGCUGGUCGGGGACUACAUCAACGUCCAUAACAUGCAUCAAGUCGAAGUCUACCAGCAGGAUUUGCAGAUGUUGAUGGAUAGGUACAACCAAGCCCCCGUAGAGAGCGACUCUUACCCCGACAAGAACCAGCAGGCGGCCGCGCUCUCCACCUCCAUCAUCACCCACAGAUACCUGGUGGAGGCCGCCGAGUUGCCGGAGUCCAUGAUCCUCCACUUCGAGGACAUCUCUUCCAUCCAUGUGGUUGUGUUGAAGGUAGGGGCAUCAGAUAUUGCUCUGAAAUUGACUUCUUGA